CGAAUGAAAUUCGAAAUUCGAUUCGACAGUUACAUUGGCCUAGCACGAGUCGAAUAAAAGUCCAGCUAGCCACUGUACAUGACACAGCUGAGGCUUCGAGAAGUGCGAGACGAAAAAUUCUGCUGGUUAUGAACCACAUUUGCACUAUCAUAGAGUCAAAUCAACUCGCCCCACCCUCCACUGAGCAUGUAUAUGUCUCGAUGUGGGCGUACAUCCUGAACUUUCUCUUGGACACUCAACUCACUCGAGGGAUCCCGAGAGCUUUCGUCCCCAGCAACCAGGAAUGCGAGGCUCGUGAUCGAGAAGGACUUUGGGGCCACCUCGAGGUACAUUGGGAGUAGGAAGGUAGACAUGUCGCUCCGCGUGUACUCCAACUUCAGCUGGGAAACAGAGAUCUCUGUGUUCGAAUUCAAGCCUGCCAAUGCAAGUGCGGAUGUGUGUGAUCACCAACAAAGAAAGUCUGUUCGUCUGAACACCGCUGUGCUACUGGAAAGAGGGCUAGAUGCUGCAGUCCACUUUCCUGUCAUCGCGGAGGGCCGUGGUUUGCACCUUGAUUUUUACACCUUGCGCCGGUAUGAAGAUGUGCAUGGAGCAGGAAAGACCACCAGCAAGAGUGUCUGGCUUCCUUACGACGAGUACACCUUGAAGGAGUGGCUCAUGUCCGACUCAUUGCAUAUCCUUCUCGCUUUCACGGCACACUAUAGGCUUUGCAUGUGCUAUGAGGCAAACGCUAGCUCGCGCGAUGAAGGAGCUACUACCAUCUACAUCUCCACAAAACAAUCAACCUCCCCCUCCUUCCGUGCUGUUCAUUCCUGCCAAGUCCAAUAAACGUGCGUGGCCAGACGUCGAUGCUGAAGACGUUUAAGGUUGGACCAACCUGGCGCCCUUAACUUCCUUGGACAUAGCAGCUAGAGUCCCCGUCAGAAAGUCGCGGCCCAAUAUAUUUGAAUAGAAUGAAUACCUUCCUUUGUGGAGCGUAGCUUGAAUUUUUGUACGGCUGGGCGAUCCUAUAGGCGUCCCAGGGUUUGACGACAGAGAAAAAAGACAGUUGGCUCAUCAUCGUUAGUGAUUCUUGCUGAAGCAAAGUAAGACAGAGAGAAAGAAACAAACAAUGGCAGGGUGUG